GUGAUGUUCUUUGUGAAGAACGAGGAAAGUGUUCUACGCGUUGAUGGUUCUCAUCAGCUCUUGGAAAACACAAGGUUGUGUUCCGGCUUUUACAGUCCAGGCUCUCCCAUACAAAUCCAUAUCUCGAUAACUUUGGAUCAAGUUUCUCCUUUUGCACUCGGGAAGAACUGGAGACACAGUCAGUCGCGUGGAUUUGCACCAGAGGUUUGUUCUUUUAGAAUAGAAGAGCUCAAAGUUUUGUUUUCACAGGAGUCGGACGUGGAUGGUUAUGAAGUUCCAUCCCCGAACUCUGAGACGCAGUACGCGGCAGAUGCCGCUGAAGUUCCUCGCGAUCGCGAGAUCGAACUUUCUGCAUCUGUGCCAGUAAAACUUUUCCAACAGAAUCUAAAGGAUCGAUGUGUGUCUAUCAAGGAUUUUGUGGUUUUGGGGUCCGAGAGAGAAAAUGCUUGCGUGCCACCUGAAACAAGUGACAAGAAUGAGAACAGACCAGAUUCUAGGCCUGGAAGUCCUAUCGCUUUAAGCCCCCAAGAACAACAGCUAGACCGCUCCGUAAGCAGCUCUCCCGGACUUGUUCGCUUGGGCAGUGAUGUGAGCGUGUUGAAUGGAAGCAUCGAUGACCUUGAGAGCAAGGUCAUGCCAUCGGCAGCAGGAGCUGGAGCAGCUGGUGCGGUUGCCGAUCGAUUGCUUGGACCCAAAGAACGUCGUCGUCUUGCAAUUGUUCUGGUUGGCUUGCCUGCGAGAGGGAAAACGUUUACUGCCGCGAAGUUGACGAGAUACUUACGUUGGCUGGGACAUGAUACCAAGCACUUCAACGUUGGAAAGUACCGUCGCCUUAAACACGGUUGCACUCAGAAUGCGGAUUUUUUUCGCUCAGACAAUCAAGAAGGGAUUGAUGCGCGAAAUGAGGUCGCAGCUUUGGCCAUGGAUGACAUGCUUUCCUGGAUGGAUGAAGGCGGCCAGGUUGGCGUUUUCGAUGCCACCAACAGCACAAAGUUGCGGAGAAAAAUGCUUCUGACCAUGGCUGAGGGAAAAUGCCAGGUCAUUUUUUUGGAAACGAUUUGCAAAGAUCCAGCAGUGAUUGAUCAAAAUAUUCGCCUCAAAAUUCGCAAGAGCCCGGAUUACGCUGAUCAACCUGACUAUGAAGCAGCUCUAGCAGAUUUUAAAGCUCGUCUCGUACAUUACUCCAAGGCUUAUGAACCGGUUGAUGAGGGGUCAUACAUUAAGAUGAUUGACAUGGUUAGCGAACAAGACGGACAGAUGCAGGUAAACAACAUCAGUGGAUAUCUUCCUGGCCGAAUAGUAUUUUUUCUGGUAAACACUCAUCUCACUCCUCGUCCGAUUUUACUGACACGCCAUGGCGAGAGCAUGUUCAAUCUCAAUGGUCGCAUUGGGGGUGACCCAGAGCUGAGUGCUACAGGAGACAUAUAUGCAACCAAGCUCGCGAGUUUCGUUCAUAAGCGUCUCAAAUCGCAGCACUCGGCAUCGAUAUGGACGAGUACCCUACGAAGAACCAUUCUCACUGCCACACACAUCACCGGAUUUCCAAAGGUCCAGUGGAGAGCUCUCGACGAGAUUGACGCGGGAAUAUGUGAUGGCAUGACAUACGAGGAAAUAAAAGAGACAAUGCCGGACGAAUACCAGUCAAGGAAGCUAGACAAGCUUCGAUACCGUUACCCGCGGGGAGAAUCGUACCUCGACGUUAUCCAGAGGUUGGAGCCAGUUAUUGUGGAGCUGGAGCGACAACGAUCCCCAGUUGUGGUGGUAGCGCAUCAAGCAAUACUUCGCUCGCUGUAUGCCUAUUUCACUGACAAGCCACUAGACGAAAUUCCACACAUUGAGAUGCCUCUUCACACUAUCAUUGAGAUCCAGAUGGGAGUCGCAGGUGUACAAGAGAAGCGAUACAAGCUCUUAUAAUGUAUAAUGUAUAGGGGCCAUUGUUUACUAUCACAGUGGAGAAAAUUUGGUUUCUAUGGUUUGGUUUU